AUGUCUAUGUCAGCGGAAGAGACCUCCAAAGUACGAGAUGGUUUCCCUAGACCAUUUCCUAACAUUCCAUCCAAUGUGACGGAGCAAUUCCGCUUGAAUGGCAAGGUCUGUGUUGUCAAUGGCGCUGCUGAUGGCCUUGGAUACGCUGUAGCUGAAGGCUAUGCUGAAGCCGGCGGUAAUGUUGCCUUGUGGUAUAACUCGAAUGAUGCUGCUAUUGAAAAGGCUCAUUCCUUAUCGGAGCAGCAUGGAAUCAAGGCUUCAGCUUACAAGGUCGACGUGUCUAACGCUCAACAAAUUCAAGACGCCCUGAAGAAGGUCCUUGAUGACUACGGCAAAAUCGAUGUCUAUGUUGCAAAUGCAGGCAUGGCUAUUUCAAAGCCAAUUCUCGAGCAGACUAUCGAGGAGUACAAGAAGCAGAUGUCAGUUAAUGUUGAUGGCGUUGUUUACUCUGCAAAAUACGCUGGCGAGAUCUUCAAGCGUCAAGGAUUCGGCAACUUCAUCAUCACAUCCAGCAUGAGUGCCCACAUUGUCAACGUGCCAACCGAUCAACCGGUCUACAACGGUAGCAAGGCCUUUAUCACCCAUUUUGGAAAAUCUCUUGCUCGAGAGUGGCGCGAGUUUGCACGUGUAAACAUCGUAUCCCCUGGAUUCUUCGACACGAAGAUGGGUGCGAGCCCCGAGGCCCUCAACGAGGCAUACCGAAUGGCUGUGCUAGGAAGACAGGGGCAUGUCAAGGAGAUCAAGGGUCUUUAUCUAUACCUUGCGAGUGAUGCUUCUACUUAUAUGACGGGUAGCGAUGUGCUUAUCGAUGGAGGCUAUGUGCUUCCUUAA